AUGGCCAAGUCCGGCGGCGGCGGCGCGGCAGCGGCGGCCGCCGGGGGAGCCGGGGGAGCCGGCGGCGGCGGGGCCGGCGGGGGAGGAGCCGGCGGCGGCCUGACCUGGGUGACUCUUUUUGAUCAGAACAAUGCUGCAAAAAAAGAAGAGUCAGAAAGCAGUAAUAAAAACGAUUCUUCCAAGAAGUUGUCUGUUGAGAGAGUUUAUCAGAAGAAAACACAACUUGAACACAUUCUGCUCCGACCUGAUACAUACAUUGGAUCUGUGGAACCAUUAACUCAGUCAAUGUGGGUUUAUGAUGAAGAUGUAGGAAUGAAUUGCAGAGAAGUUACUUUUGUACCAGGCUUAUACAAAAUCUUUGAUGAAAUUCUUGUUAAUGCAGCUGACAAUAAACAGAGGGAUAAGAACAUGACCUGUAUCAAAAUUUCUAUUGAUCCUGAAUCUAACAUUAUCAGCAUCUGGAAUAAUGGAAAAGGCAUUCCUGUAGUGGAACACAAAGUAGAAAAAGUCUAUGUUCCUGCUUUAAUCUUUGGACAGCUUUUAACAUCUAGUAACUAUGAUGAUGAUGAGAAAAAAGUUACAGGUGGUCGUAAUGGUUAUGGUGCAAAACUUUGUAAUAUUUUCAGUACAAAAUUUACAGUUGAAACUGCUAGUAAAGAAUAUAAACAUAGUUUUAAACAGACCUGGGUGAAUAAUAUGAUGAAGACUUCUGAACCCAAAAUUAAAUACUUCGAUGGAGAUGACUAUACAUGUAUAACAUUCCAACCAGAUCUGUCAAAAUUUAAGAUGGAAAAACUUGACAAGGAUAUUGUGGCCCUCAUGACUAGAAGAGCCUAUGACUUGGCUGGUUCAUGCAAAGGGGUCAAAGUCAUGUUUAAUGGGAAGAAGUUGCCUGUAAAUGGAUUCCGCAGUUACGUAGACCUUUACGUAAAGGACAAAUUGGAUGAAACUGGGGUUGCCCUGAAAGUUAUUCAUGAACUCGCAAAUGAACGGUGGGAUGUUUGCCUCACAUUGAGUGAAAAAGGCUUCCAGCAAAUCAGCUUUGUAAAUAGUAUUGCUACAACAAAAGGUGGAAGGCAUGUAGAUUAUGUCGUGGAUCAAAUCGUUGGAAAACUGAUUGAAGUAGUUAAGAAAAAGAACAAAGCUGGAGUAUCAGUGAAGCCAUUUCAAGUAAAAAACCACAUAUGGGUUUUUGUUAACUGUCUCAUCGAAAAUCCAACUUUUGAUUCCCAGACAAAGGAAAACAUGACUCUGCAACCCAAAAGCUUUGGGUCUAAGUGUCAGCUAUCUGAGAAAUUUUUCAAAGCAGCUUCUAACUGUGGUAUUAUAGAAAGUAUUCUGAACUGGGUCAAAUUUAAAGCUCAGACUCAACUGAACAAGAAGUGUUCCUCAGUAAAGUACAGUAAAAUCAAAGGCAUUCCCAAACUGGAUGAUGCGAAUGAUGCAGGUGGUAAACAUUCCCUAGAGUGCACACUCAUAUUAACAGAAGGAGAUUCUGCAAAAUCAUUAGCAGUUUCUGGGUUAGGUGUGAUUGGACGAGACAGAUAUGGAGUCUUUCCACUCAGGGGUAAAAUUCUUAAUGUUCGAGAAGCUUCACAUAAGCAGAUUAUGGAAAAUGCAGAAAUCAACAACAUUAUUAAAAUAGUUGGUCUUCAGUAUAAGAAAAGUUAUGAAGAUGCAGAAUCUCUGAAAACUUUGCGUUAUGGAAAAAUUAUGAUCAUGACCGAUCAGGAUCAAGAUGGCUCUCAUAUAAAGGGCUUACUUAUUAAUUUCAUUCAUCAUAAUUGGCCUUCGCUUUUGAAACAUGGCUUUCUUGAAGAGUUCAUCACUCCCAUUGUAAAGGCAAGCAAAAAUAAGCAGGAGCUUUCCUUCUAUAGUAUACCUGAGUUUGAUGAAUGGAAGAAACAUAUAGAAAACCAGAAGGCCUGGAAAAUAAAAUACUACAAAGGGUUGGGUACCAGCACAGCUAAAGAAGCAAAGGAAUAUUUUGCUGACAUGGAAAGGCAUCGGAUUUUGUUUAGAUAUGCUGGUCCUGAAGAUGAUGCAGCUAUUACUCUAGCAUUCAGUAAGAAGAAGAUUGAUGACCGUAAAGAAUGGUUAACCAAUUUCAUGGAAGAUCGAAGACAACGCAGGUUACAUGGCCUGCCAGAGCAAUUUUUAUAUGGUACAGCCACAAAGCAUUUGACUUACAAUGAUUUUAUCAACAAGGAGUUGAUUCUCUUCUCAAACUCUGACAAUGAAAGAUCUAUACCCUCUCUUGUCGAUGGCUUUAAACCAGGUCAACGAAAAGUUUUGUUUACCUGUUUUAAGAGGAAUGAUAAACGGGAAGUCAAAGUUGCUCAGUUGGCUGGAUCAGUUGCUGAGAUGUCUGCUUAUCAUCAUGGAGAACAAGCACUAAUGAUGACUAUAGUCAAUUUGGCCCAGAACUUUGUUGGAAGUAACAAUAUUAAUUUGCUUCAGCCUAUUGGUCAGUUUGGAACUAGGCUUCACGGUGGGAAAGAUGCUGCAAGCCCUCGUUAUAUUUUUACAAUGUUAAGCACUCUAUCAAGGCUGCUUUUCCCUUCUGUGGAUGACAACCUGCUUAAGUUCCUCUAUGAUGAUAACCAGCGUGUGGAGCCUGAGUGGUAUAUGCCUAUCAUUCCCAUGGUUUUAAUAAAUGGUGCUGAGGGCAUUGGUACUGGAUGGGCUUGUAAACUUCCCAACUAUGAUGCUAGAGAGAUUGUGAACAAUGUCAGACGGAUGUUGGAUGGCUUGGACCCUCAUCCCAUGCUUCCAAACUACAAGAAUUUUAAAGGAACCAUCCAAGAAAUUGGCCAGAACCAGUAUGCUGUUAGUGGUGAAAUAUUUGUAGUGGAUAGAAAUACAGUAGAGAUCACAGAGCUUCCAGUUCGAACAUGGACUCAGGUAUACAAAGAACAGGUUUUAGAACCUAUGCUGAAUGGAACAGACAAAACACCAGCAUUAAUUUCUGAUUAUAAAGAAUAUCAUACAGAUACAACUGUGAAAUUUGUGGUGAAGAUGACAGAAGAAAAACUUGUACAAGCAGAAGCUGCUGGGUUGCAUAAAGUCUUUAAGCUUCAGACCACUCUUACCUGUAAUUCUAUGGUGCUGUUUGACCAUAUGGGAUGUCUGAAGAAGUAUGAGACCGUACAAGAUAUUCUGAAGGAGUUCUUUGAUUUAAGGUUAAAUUAUUAUAGUUUACGUAAGGAGUGGCUUGUGGGAAUGUUGGGGGCAGAAUCCACCAAGCUAAACAAUCAAGCUCGCUUCAUUCUAGAGAAGAUACAAGGGAAAAUCACUAUAGAGAAUAGGUCAAAGAGAGAUUUGAUUCAAAUGUUAGUCCAGAGAGGUUAUGAAUCUGACCCAGUGAAAGCCUGGAAAGAAGCACAAGAAAAGGCAGCAGAAGAGGAAGAAACACAAAACCAGCGUGAUGAUAGUUCCUCUGAUUCAGGCACUACCUCAGGCCCUGAUUUUAACUACAUCUUAAAUAUGUCUUUGUGGUGUCUUACUAAAGAAAAAGUUGAAGAACUGAUUAAGCAGAGAGAUACAAAAGGAAGAGAACUCAACGACCUUAAAAGAAAAUCUCCUUCAGAUCUCUGGAAAGAAGAUUUGGCAGCUUUUGUUGACGAACUUGAUAAAGUGGAAUCCCAGGAAAGAGAAGAUGCUUUGGCUGGAAUGACUGGCAAAGCAAUAAAAGGUAAAGUUGGCAAACCCAAGAUAAAGAAGCUUCAGUUGGAAGAAACUAUGCCCUCACCCCAUGGUAGAAGGAUCAUUCCACAGAUUACCUCUGCCAUGAAGGCUGAUGCCAGCAAAAAGUUGCUAAAGAAAAAGAAGGGUGAUCUUGAUCCUACAGCAAUAAAAGUGGAAUUUGAUGAUGAAUUAGGUGGAGCACCAGCAGAAGGUGCAGGAGAAGAUUCAUUGACAAUAUCUACUCUGGCACCUAAAGGACCCAAACCCAAAAGGGAGAAAAAGGAGCCUGGUACCAGAGUGAGAAAAACACCUCUCUCUUCUAAUAAAUCCGGUGCAAAGAAAGUGAAGAAAAGAAACCCUUGGUCUGAUGAUGAAUCCAAGUCAGAAAGUGACUUGGAAGAAACUGAACCUGUGAUUAUUCCAAGAGACUCCCUGCUUAGACGAGCUGCUGCGGAAAGGCCUAAAUAUACUUUUGAUUUUUCGGAAGAGGAAGAUGAUGCUGAUGAAGAUGACAAUAAUGAUUUAGAGGAAUUGAAAGUAAAAUCAUCUCCUGUGACAAAUGAUAGAGAUGAUGAGUUCAUUCCUUCAGAUGGUUUAGAUAAGGAUGACUAUACUUUUUCUCCAGUCAAAUCAAAAGUAACUCCAGAAAAAUCCUCACAUGACAAGAAAACCCAGGAUUUUGGGAACCUGUUCUCAUUCCCUUCUUAUUCACAGAAGUCAGAAGAUGAUGCAACAAAAUUUGACAGUGGUGAAGAGGAUUCUGCCUCUGUCUUUUCAUCUUCAUUUGCUCUAAAAUCAACAGAAAAACCUCCAAGUAAAACAGUGGCUGCCAAAAAAGCAAGGCUAUCUUCAGACACCCCGCCUAAGCCCAAGAGACUUCCCAAACAGAAGAAAAUAGAAACUACAAACUCAGACUCAGAUUCAGAAUUUGGCAUUCCAAAGAAGACCACAGCACCAAAAGGUAAAGGCCGAGGUGCAAAAAAACGGAAAGUAUCUGGCUCUGAAAAUGAAGGCGAAUAUAAUCCUGGGAGAAAAACAUCCAAGUCAACACCUGGCAAGAAAUCCAAGAAGGCCUCCUUUGACCAGGAUUCAGACGUAGACAUCUUCCAGGCAGACUUUCCCCCCGAACCACCAUCUCUUCCUCGGACAGGUCGCGCCAGAAAAGAAGUAAAAUAUUUUGCAGAGUCUGAUGAAGAUGUUGAUUUUGCAAUGUUUAAUUAAGUGCCCAAGAGCACUCAAACAUUCUCAACGACUACCUUGUGUUGUCUUUUUGUCUUUUCUGUCGCAGACUUUUGUACAUUUGGCUUAUUUUACUGUGAUGAUGUAAUAGAUGGUUUUUAUUAUUGUGUGUAGGCCUUUUAACAUUUUGUUCUUACACAUACAGUUUUAUGCCCUUUUUUACUCAUUGAAAUGUCAUGUAUUGUCUGAUUGGCUUGUAGAGAUGUUCUAGGCUGCUGUGCUUAAGCACACAUUUUAAUUGUCAUGGUUGCAGACUAAGGACCUGCUUUUUGAAAUGAAAUUUAAACAUUAAAAAUG